GCACCUCUAAUGUCUUGCAAGAUUUCGACAAAAACUUUAUUAAUUCUGUAAUUAAACCAAGCAGGUAAUCUUUAAUCGUGUGGUAGUGUUUCGGCACAAGUGUCAUUAUGUGCGAACCUUUCGGCCGACCAGUGUAACGUGCACGCAGCCCACCGGGGCAACCGAAAAGAUAACCUCCAAAGUCCAGACAUCGCAGACAUCGAUGCACCUGCUUCGGCUUUGCCAGCUCCUUUGCCCCCCUUAAUGCAACGGAAACAGAGCCACUAAUUAGUCGCGACGAGUGGAUAAAUACUACAGCCCGCCAUGUCGUCGUCGUCGGUGGUGCAGCAGUUCGUGAACGGGCUGAAGUCCCGCAACCGGAAUGUGCAGAACAAGGCCACCCAGGAUCUGCUCUUCUACGUGAAGACAGAGCUGCGCGAGAUGUCCCAGGAGGAACUGGCGCAGUUCUUUGACGAGUUUGAUCAUCACAUCUUCACCAUGGUGAAUGCGGCGGAUAUCAACGAGAAGAAGGGCGGCGCCCUUGCCAUGAAGUGCCUCAUCAACUGCGAGGGCAGUUUGACAGCCAGAAAGGGCAUUUCGCCCUACUUGAACCGCCUGCGGGAUCUCCUGCUGAUUAACGAUGUGUCCGUAAUGGAGAUAGCCGCCCGCUCCCUAGUCAAGCUGGCCAAUAUGCCGACCUCCAAGGGAGCCGACUCCUUUGACUUUGACAUCAAGAAGGCCUUUGAGGUGCUCGGAGGCGAGAGACAAGAGUAUCGCCGCCACGCCGCUGUCUUCAUUCUUCGCGAGCUGGCCAUUGCCUUGCCCACGUACUUUUACCAGCACAUCCUCACCUUCUUCGAGGUCGUAUUUAAUGCCAUUUUUGAUCCGAAACCGGCCAUUCGGGAAUCCGCAGGAGAGGCUUUGAGGGCAGCCUUAAUUGUCACAGCCCAGCGUGAGAGCACAAAGCAGUCGAGUGAACCGCAGUGGUACAAGAUCUGCUAUGACGAAGCCAAUGGUAGCUUCAGUGCGGAUUUAGCUGUCGGAAAGGAACAAAAGGGCGUGACCCGUGACGAUCGAAUCCAUGGCGGCCUUAUUGUCUUUAAUGAGCUUUUUCGCAGCGCAAACGCCACCUGGGAGCGCCGCUAUACGGCUCUAAAGACGCUCUUCCCCAAGACCCAGCACAACAAGUUUCUGGAGGCCAGUAGCUCACUGGGCAUGGGUUCCCAGCUGAACACACUGGUGCCGCGGCUGAAGGUGCCCUUCAUCGAGCGGCUUGGCAGCAGCCAGACGCAUAUGAGCGAGGCGGAGCAUCACAAUGGCGUGGCGAAGUUCGCGAGCCACAACGUCCUGGAGUCGGCUUACGCUCACGAGAUCCUGCAGGAGCACUACACCACCAUUUGCGAUAAUGUACUGGAACAACGAUCCUCAAAAUCGCCGUAUGUGCAGCAGGCUCUCCUGCAGAUCCUGCCCCGACUGGCUGCCUUUAACCGCGAAGUAUUCGUGGAGAAAUACCUACCGACAUGCAUAUCCCAUCUGAUGGCCAUCCUGCGAGGCAAGGAGAAGGAUCGUGCUGUGGCCUACAUAACCAUCGGUUACAUGGCAGUGGCCGUACAGAGUGCGAUACAAGAGCAUCUAUCGGGAAUCAUGAGCAGCGUGAAGCUUGCCCUGCCAGCCAAGGAUUUGACCAGUAAACGGAAGGUGCCCGUUGACCCGGCGGUGUUCGCUUGUAUCACGCUACUCGCGCACGCCGUCAAGUCUGAGAUCAGUGAAGAUGUCAAAGAGAUCCUGGAGCAAAUGUUCUACACGGGCCUUUCGCCAGCGCUGACUGUUUGCCUGCGAGAGCUCUCCGAGAAUGUGCCGCAACUGAAGUCGGCCAUUACAGAAGGACUAAUCGGUGUGUUGUCCCAAGUGCUAAUGAACAAGCCAGCUGCGAUUCCAUACUCCGCCGUGCCCUUGAUUGCCAUCGAUGGCUCUCUGAUCAUGCAGAAUGCCGACGGAGCCACCACAGUUCUGGCCCUCAAGACCCUUGGAACCUUUAACUUUGAAGAGCAAAACAUGUUGGACUUUGUGCAGCGCUGCGCCGACUACUUUAUUAUCCACGAACAGCAGGAGAUUCGCCUGGAGGCAGUGCAAACCUGUACGCGACUCCUCAAGCUAGCAGUCCAAUCCUCAGAGAGCAUGGAGAACUCCAAGACGCUCAGUGACACCGUCUCGCAUGUGAUCGAGCGCCUGCUAAUGGUGGCCAUCACGGACAUGGACUGCAAUGUGCGGAUACGAAUCCUCCGUUCAUUGGACGAGACCUUCGACGCCAAACUGGCUCAGCCCGAGUCUCUAAACUCGCUAUUCAUCACGCUGCACGAUGAGAUCUUUGAGAUCCGGGAACUUGCAAUGGUCACCAUCGGCAGAUUGUCCUCCAUGAACCCGGCCUAUGUGAUGCCCAAGCUCAGGACGACUAUGAUUGAGCUGCUGACGGACCUCAAGUACUCGGGAAUGAGCAGGAACAAAGAGCAGAGUGCUAGAAUGCUUGACCAUCUGGUGAUAAGCACGCCCAGGCUGAUAUCCUCCUACAUGAAUCCGAUCCUCAAGGCUCUGGUGCCCAAGUUGCACGAACCGGAAUCGAAUCCGGGCGUUAUUCUGAACGUACUGCGAACCAUUGGUGAUCUGGCGGAGGUGAAUGGCGGCUCCAACGAAAUGGAACUGUGGGCCGAUGAUCUACUCUCCAUUCUCCUCGAGAUGCUCGGCGAUGCCGGAAGUCCGGAUAAGCGCGGCGUUGCUCUGUGGACCUUGGGACAGCUGAUCAGUGCCACGGGAAGGGUGGUGAGCCCCUAUCACAAGUACCCAGUGCUCAUCGACAUCCUCAUCAACUUCCUGAAAACGGAACCACGCCGCUCCAUUCGAAGGGAGACGAUCCGUGUACUCGGAUUGCUAGGAGCAAUGGAUCCCUACAAACACAAGAUGAACAAGGGCUUGAUUGACAGCCAAAAGGAUAAUGUUCUGAUUGCCUAUUCCGAUGGCAAGGUGGACGAAAGCCAGGACAUAUCCACGGCAGAACUACUGGUGAAUAUGGGCAAUGCCUUAGAUGAAUAUUACCCAGCGGUGGCCAUAGCUGCCUUGAUGCGUAUCCUGCGAGAUCCCACGCUAAGCACCCUGCACACAAGUGUGGUACAGGCAGUGACCUACAUCUUCCAGAGCCUGGGCAUCAAGUGUGUCCCCUACCUGGCCCAAGUGCUGCCCAACUUACUGGACAAUGUGCGCACGGCGGAUAACAAUUUAAGGGAGUUCCUGUUCCAACAACUAGCCAUUCUGGUGGCCUUCGUCAAGCUGCACAUCAUCAGCUACAUGGGCGACAUCUUCAAGCUAAUCAAGGAGUUCUGGACCAUCAAUACACCGCUGCAGAACACUCUGAUCAAUCUGAUUGAGCAGAUCGCGGUGGCUCUGGGCUGUGAGUUCAGGGACUAUUUGGCCGAGCUGAUCCCGCAGAUCCUCCGUGUCUUGCAGCACGAUAACUCCAAGGACAGAAUGGUUACCAGGAGAUUGCUCCAAGCUCUCCAGAAGUUCGGUAGCACCUUGGGCUACUAUCUGCCACUGAUUGUGCCGCCCAUUGUGAAGCUCUUUGACUCCCACUACGUGCCCCAACAGGUGUCCAUGGUGGCCCUGGAGACGAUUAACAAUCUGGCCUGUCAGCUGGACUUCACUGACUUCUCCUCGCGCAUUAUUCAUCCGCUGGUCCGAGUGCUGGACGCCGAACCAGAGCUGCGGGACCAGGCCAUGCUCACGCUACGCUCCCUGGUCAAGCAGCUGGGCAAGAAGUAUCUGGUAUUCGUGCCUAUGGUGCAACGCACCCUUGCCAAGCACCGCAUCGCCGACGCGGAAUACGAAAAGCUGCUCAGCCGCAUCCAAUCCAACAGCACGCUGGCGGAUGCCUCUGGAGCUGGAGAGUUUGGCCUGCGCCCGGCCAAGAUCAAGAACUACGAGCCCUUUGUGACGGACAGGAAUAGCAAUAUUAAUAAUCUGCAAGUGAGGACCAAUGAGCUGCGCACCUCGUGGCAGGUGACACGACGCGUGUCCAAGGACGACUGGGUGGAGUGGCUGAAACGCCUGUCAAUUGGCCUGCUCAAGGAGUCCCCCUCGCACGCCCUGCGCGCCUGUCGUUCGCUGGCCCAGGAGUACGACACGCUGCUCCGCGACCUCUUUAACGCCGCCUUCAUCUCCUGCUGGACUGAACUGUCACCGGAUCUGAAGUCGGAGCUAACCCAGUCCCUCAUCCAGGCCCUGCAAGUCACCGACAUGCCGGAAAUCACACAAACGAUCCUAAAUCUGGCAGAGUUUAUGGAGCAUUGCGACCGGGACCCCAUACCCAUUGAGACGAAUCUUCUGGGCACUCGGGCCAUGGCAUGUCGAGCUUAUGCCAAGGCGCUACGCUACAAGGAAGAGGAGUUUCUGCUGCGCAAAGAUCCGCAGGUAUUUGAGUCUUUGAUCCUUAUCAAUAACAAAUUGCAGCAGCGCGAGGCGGCCGAGGGUCUGCUCACCACUUACCGCAAAGCGGCGAACGAGCUAAAUGUCCAGGGCAGAUGGUAUGAGAAGCUUCACAACUGGGACCAGGCCUUGGAACAUUACGAAGAGAAUCUAAAGGCUGAUUCCUCGGAUCUGGAGGCGCGCCUCGGCCACAUGCGGUGCCUGGAAGCGCUCGGUGAUUGGUCGGAGCUGAGCAAUGUGACCAAGAACGAGUGGGAGAAUUUCAGUCCUGAGGCCAGGGCGAGAGCGAGUCGCGGAGCUGCCGUGGCUGCCUGGGGCCUUCAGGAUUGGGAGGCUAUGCGAGAGUAUGUGAGAUGCAUACCGGAGGACACCCAGGACGGUAGCUUCUACCGGGCCGUGCUGGCUGUGCAUCACGACGACUUUGAGACCGCCCAGCGUCUGAUAGACGAGACCAGGGAUCUCCUGGACACGGAACUCACGUCCAUGGCGGGUGAAUCCUACGAGAGAGCCUACGGAGCCAUGGUUUGUGUGCAAAUGCUAGCGGAGCUAGAGGAAGUCAUCCAGUACAAGCUGAUACCCGAACGAAGGGAGCCCCUGAAGGCCAUGUGGUGGAAGCGCCUGCAGGGAGGACAACGUCUGGUGGAGGACUGGCGAAAGAUCAUCCAAGUGCACUCGCUGGUGGUGAAGCCGCACGACGACAUUCACACCUGGCUGAAGUACGCGAGCCUGUGCCGGAAGAGCGGCUCCCUGCACCUGUCCCACAAGACGCUCGUGAUGCUGCUGGGCACCGAUCCCAAGAUGAAUCCGCUGCCGUGCAAUCAGCCCCAGGUAACAUACGCCUACACCAAGUUCCUGGCGGCCAACAAUGAGCUGCAGGAGGCCUACGACCAGCUGCGGCACUUUGUCAACACCUAUAGCCAGGAGCUGAGCUGCCUGCCGCCGGAGGCACUGAAGCAGCAGGAUCAGCGACUGAUGGCACGAUGCUACCUGCGGCUGGCCACCUGGCAAAACAAGCUGCAGGACAGCCUCGGGCCGGAAGCGAUACCCGGAGCACUAGAGUGCUUCGAGAAGGCCACCAGCUACGAUCCGAACUGGUACAAGGCCUGGCACCUGUGGGCCUACAUGAACUUCAAGGUGGUGCAGGCCCAGAAGACGGCGUUGGACAAGCAGCAGCCACAGGGUGCCGCCAGCAUGGGCAUGGGCAUGGGCAUGAUGAGCCUCGGCCUAGACAGCGACCUAAUGAUUAUCCAGCAGUACGCAGUGCCGGCAGUUCAAGGCUUCUUCCGAUCGAUCAGCCUCAUCAAGGGCAACUCCUUGCAGGACACGCUGCGCCUCCUGACCCUCUGGUUCGACUACGGCAACCAUGCGGAGGUCUACGACGCCCUGCUCUCCGGCAUGAAGCUGAUCGAGAUCAAUACGUGGCUGCAGGUGAUUCCGCAGCUAAUUGCCCGCAUCGACACCCACCGCCAGCUGGUAGGACAGCUAAUCCACCAACUGCUCAUGGACAUCGGCAAGAAUCAUCCACAGGCACUGGUCUAUCCCCUAACAGUGGCCUCCAAGUCGGCUUCUUUGGCGCGACGGAAUGCUGCCUUCAAGAUCCUGGACUCGAUGCGAAAGCAUUCUCCCACCUUGGUAGAGCAGGCGGUUAUGUGCAGCGAGGAACUGAUCCGCGUGGCCAUCCUGUGGCACGAACAGUGGCACGAGGGUCUGGAGGAGGCCUCUCGCCUCUACUUUGGAGAUCGCAAUGUCAAAGGAAUGUUCGAGAUCCUAGAGCCGCUGCACGCCAUGCUGGACAGGGGACCGCAGACGCUCAAGGAGACCUCCUUUUCGCAGGCCUACGGACGAGAGCUGACCGAGGCCUAUGAGUGGUCGCAGCGCUACAAGACCUCGGCCGUCGUGAUGGACCUGGAUCGAGCCUGGGACAUCUACUAUCAUGUCUUCCAGAAGAUCUCGCGACAGCUGCCGCAGCUCACUUCGCUAGAGCUGCCGUAUGUCUCGCCCAAGCUGAUGACCUGCAAGGACCUGGAGCUGGCCGUUCCGGGAUCGUAUAAUCCGGGCCAGGAAUUGAUUCGGAUAAGUCACAUCAAGACGAACCUUCAGGUGAUCACUUCCAAGCAGCGUCCCCGCAAGCUAUGCAUCAGUGGCUCCAACGGCAAGGACUAUAUGUACCUGCUCAAGGGCCACGAGGAUCUGCGUCAGGAUGAGCGGGUGAUGCAACUGUUCUCGCUGGUAAACACCCUGCUCCUGGACGACCCGGACACUUUCCGUCGGAACCUGGCCAUCCAGCGGUACGCGGUAAUACCGCUCAGCACCAACUCGGGUCUGAUCGGAUGGGUGCCGCACUGUGACACGCUGCACACGCUUAUCCGGGACUACCGGGACAAGAAGAAGGUGCCGCUAAACCAGGAGCAUCGCACCAUGUUGAACUUUGCCCCGGACUACGAUCACCUCACGCUCAUGCAGAAGGUGGAGGUGUUUGAGUACGCGCUGGGUCAGACGCAAGGCGACGACCUGGCCAAAUUGCUCUGGCUGAAGUCACCGUCCUCGGAGCUGUGGUUCGAGCGAAGGAAUAACUACACCCGGUCCCUGGCCGUCAUGUCGAUGGUGGGCUACAUCCUCGGCCUGGGCGAUCGGCAUCCGUCAAACCUUAUGCUGGACAGGAUGAGCGGCAAGAUCCUGCACAUUGACUUCGGUGACUGCUUUGAGGUGGCAAUGACGCGCGAGAAGUUCCCGGAGAAGAUCCCCUUCAGACUCACCCGGAUGUUGAUCAAGGCCAUGGAGGUGACCGGCAUCGAGGGCACCUACCGACGCACAUGCGAGAGUGUGAUGCUGGUGCUUCGCCGGAAUAAGGAUUCGCUGAUGGCCGUACUGGAGGCCUUUGUCUACGAUCCGUUGCUUAACUGGCGUCUCCUGGAUGUGGACAAGAAGGGCAACGAUGCGGCGGCCGGGAAUGGAGCGCCGGGAGGAAGAGGUGGCGGCGGAGGCUCCGGCAUGCAGGAUAGCCUCAGCAAUUCGGUGGAGGAUUCGCUGCCCAUGGCCAAGUCGAAGCCCUACGAUCCGCAGCUACAGCAGGGCGGCCUGCACAACAACGUGGCCGACGAGACGAACAGCAAGGCCAGCCAGGUGAUCAAGCGGGUCAAGUGCAAGCUCACCGGCACCGAUUUCCAGACCCAGAAGAGCGUCAACGAGCAGCAACAGGUGGACCUGCUCAUCCUGCAAGCGACCAACAACGAGAACCUCUGCCAGUGCUACAUUGGCUGGUGUCCGUUCUGGUAAAUCGAGGGAUCCUCCAACCCUGACUGAACGAGAUUACGAACACUACAUCUACUACUACUACACUACUACUACUACUACUACCACCACCACCACUACCCGUAACUGAAUUGAGUGCACCCGCCCCUGGAGAGGAUUCGGGGAUGAACGCGGACGCAAGUAGGCUUUAAGUAUAUAAUAUUUGUAUAAUUUAUGUUAGA